GACUGUCGAGUGGUUUAGGUAGUUUCAUGUUGUUGGGGUCCAUUUCUAACUCUGCAACAUGAAACUGUCUUAAUUGCCCCAGUUCUACACAUCGAAACCAAAAGGAAAGCAAAUCUGGGACAUAAAGAUGAUGGGAUUUGAUGAAAAUUGUGGAGAGGUGUUUUGGAAGCAUGUUCUAAAACCCUGUGGUUUAUACACCAGGGGAGGGGUGACUGGCUGUUGUGUGUAUUCUUAACUUGUCUCCUGUAAUGUUCUUCUUUAGACUUCUCCUACUUGCUUCUCGUCGUUAAGAUAAGACCGCACGGGCAUGUGUGCUGAAUUUAAACGUGAUCAAAGCUGAGCUGCAGUAUAUGCGUCGUGGACUUGGGAUUAAGGGGAAAGCCGUGAGUGUUUUCCGUGAGUAGUAGUGACGCAGACACGCCAGACAAGGCCUCGGUUACGACCACUGCAGUGGAGGGGAAGGGGAAGGUGAAUGGGGCAACAGCGACCUCCGUGGGCAAUGAGACCGGAUGCUUCCGCUGCGCAAUAGUGGCUCAGACAAAAGGAGGGGAAGGGCUUUAUGGCGAUAUUUAGAUCCGCCAGACAGGCUGUUAUCUGCAGAGGCAAAAGAAGUGAAUAGCCCCUGCGGUAAACUGGGUGAAAAAACACCCUGAUUUAGGUUUACAGCCUGAGAGCCAUUGGCAAAGUGGCGUCUUUUCCUCCUCUGAAGGUGUUUGUCUAUUCUAACUUUUAGUGCACAAAUAGGCGCACAGCCGCUCCUUUCCCCCCUCGGCUUGUUUGAUGUCUGUUGGCCAAAUAAUGUGCAACUACCAGUGAGGUGAUAGCUUGCAACCAGAAUGCACAUUAUCGACAGCUUGCACCUUUUUUUCUUUGCUCCUCUUCUAAAUGCAAUAGGAAAGAGCAGAGUAAAGAGAAUUCCUGGGUGUUGAAUUGCCUGUGGCCUUGCGGGGUGUUGGCCAAGCUCUCCGUUUAUUUAAUAAAUAAAACACGCAGCGUAAUGUGUGGGAACUCAAGGUUGCAGCUUUGUGGACGUGAUCUGCAAUGUGCCGUUUGGCUCAGGGAAUUGUGGACGUUAAAACGCACACAGCUGCCACAUUUUGUGAAAGUCUACAUUGAGUUUAGGUUAUUAAAACAAUUCUGUAAUACUCAGACAUUCUCAGUGUAUUGUAAAUGUUGUGUUACAUCAAUCCAUUUGCAGAUAAAUGCAUUUUUGUGCCAGUUAAAGCUCAGAAUUUCAACUCAGUUCACACUUGUAUUUAUCAGUUAAUUUAUUUUAAUGUUAAUGCAUCAAGCGGGCAUUUUUCUAUCAGUUUAAUGAUUUUAUUUAUUUGUUAUAUUUUAUAAUCUCAGUCUAUACUACAUGUAUUUAGAUGUGCUUUUGUCUCCUGGUGUUCGACACUGCUCGCACCAUUUAAUUUUAAAAGGAGGAAACCACAAGCGCCACAAUAUAUUUUUAGCUCUAUUUAAGUGUAACGUUAUACCGACGCACUGGCUGCAAGCAGGCAUUAGAGAUAAUUUGUCGACGGCGGUGAUGAUGGCAGCAUAUUGGUCCGUAUAAGUGAUAACGGCGGUCUAAAUAAUAAACGGGUUAAACGCUCGUUAAAGAAGGGAGAAAUCCGGGACCCGCCAUUAAUGCAAUGUGGAAAAUAUUUAUUAAUAAUAGGCAGUUGUGCUUAAAUUCAGUGAGUUAAUAACACAUAUUCACCACAUAUAUUUGGUUUUAUUUGCUCGUUUUAAUUCAUGCUAUUUCAUAUUUGCAUUUUCUAUUUUUGUGACUCUGUUGUAACCAAUCUAUUACUUUAUAUUUUCUAACAUGCAGCCAUGGGCGAGCUUUAUUAUAUUAUUUAUUAUCUACGUGAGUGCCUUUUCAUCGCACAUGUCGCCAGACUAAUAAUAGUUGAAUAACUGAAACUAGCAAGACAAACUUUGAAUUAUAAUAGCGCUGCUUCUGUUUUCUUUUUGUUAAUCUGUUAAUUUUCAAAAUAAAAUAUUCCCCAUUUUAAAGAAAUACAAUCUCAUGUUUCCUUUUUAUAUAUAAGAGGUGUAUAUAGUCCUGUAUUAUCUUCGUUAAAACUGUAUGCAUGCUCCAAUGUGAAUUAUUAGAUGUAAGAAAUAGUCCCAACAUAUAGUGACGUGAAAUAUCCACGUCUAAAUCACUAAAUGUGGUUAUUGUUAAAAAUAACAAGCAUUGUGCUUAUAUGCGUAAUGUUUCCAAUUCAGCUUUCUUGUAUAGCUGAGUGUUAAACUCAAAAUAACUAUUUAGCUUAAUAUUAGAAUUGACCUGCUUACUUCUGGUGUGUUUGUCAGUUUUUGUCUGUUAAAUAUGUUUUAUGUUUCUUUAAAAAAGGGAAAAUAUACGAACACUGGAGGAUGUCUAAUACAGCCGAAAGGGAACAAAAUAAAAAAGAGUGUAAUCUGUAUAGGCUUGUAGUAAAUUGAUACGUUGAUCCAGCUUUGAGCUGCUACGUUUCUUUAAUAUAGUGCUGGUUAAAAUGUGUUUUGGUGAACAGCAAUGGUAGGGUGCUUACGUGUCCUAUAAAGUACCUCGUAAAAUAAGGCCUCCAAAAACAUACUGUAUCGUUUUGGAUAACCGAGAAGGGGUUUUUAACAGCAGCAGCAGUAGGUUGAGUUACUGUAAAAGAUGUUUUCCAUUCAGACAUUCAUAUUUUCCGUCUCGCAGAUAACAGAUCUAAGUCAUAUCUUGAUCAUUCUUAGCUUUAAAACUAGAGGUUGUUAUAGAGGAGCGGGUGAGUAUUUAAUGACCAAAGGGAUUGAUUUAUCCUUUAUUGUUCAGCCUUUAUGAUCACGUGUGUCUGCUACCCAAUGGCAUGGCAGCCUGUCUCCCCAUUACUAGCCCACUGUAGUUCUCAGUGGGGCCAAGUUGCUACUUGAUUUCUCCACAUUGUUAUUUUGUGAGGCUGGGUUUACUGCGUGUGUAUGUGUGUGUUUGGUGUGUGUGUGCGCCGUUUUUACUUUUGCAUGUAUCUGUUGUACGACUGCGUACAUGUGAACGUAUAAUUUUUCUGCCAUGUCGACAUCCGGAACACUGACUAGUUACUACGUCGAUUCCCUCAUUCUGCCCGAGAGCGAGGAGCUCUCUGUGCCGAGAUACCCCUCCGGUCCCGGGCUCCAGCACUCCAGGCAGCCCGCCUCCAUCAGCGACCACAGCGAGCUUGGAACCUGCACCUUCCCGUCCAAACCUCCGGUAUUCGGGCCGUCAUGGAGCCACGUCCCUGCUCAGUUCCCGGGCACCGUCUCGUCUGUAUAUCAUCACCACUAUGGGCAUCCCCAAGGCCCGGUCGGUGCAGAUACAGAUGGUCGCUAUCAGUCGUGGCUGCUGGAGCCCAUGUCUGGUUCCCUGCCCAUGGCCGGAUUACCGACGACCCAUCACUACGGAAUCAAACCGGAGGGUCUGGGGACGCGAGCUGACGGCGCGCUGCCCGGCUCUCACACGGCGCUGCUGCUCUCCGAUUACGCCAACGGGACUGUGGGGACGGCAUCACCGGUGGAGAAGGACGCACUGUCCGGCCAGGCAGGGGACAUAAGCGGUGAAGGUGAAGAGAAACCGGGCCUCGAUCCAAAUAACCCAGUGUCCAACUGGCUCCACGCGAGUGCCACGAGAAAAAAGCGCUGUCCGUACACCAAGCACCAGAUCCUGGAGCUGGAGAAAGAGUUCCUCUUUAACACCUACCUGACCAGGGACCGUAGGUACGAGGUGGCGAGGCUGCUAAACCUCACGGAGAGACAGGUUAAAAUCUGGUUCCAGAACCGGAGGAUGAAGAUGAAGAAGUUUAAUAAAGACGGCGCACAGAAAGAGAGUGACUGAACCGUAGAUCCACAUUAUUUAGGCUGUUAGCGAGCUUUGUGUGUGGAAGCUCUUAACUCUGCUGGACCUUGUUUUUAAACUUCAUUGUCUUAUUGUUCUAUAUAACAGAAGCUAUUAGGCUUAUUUGUCUUGUAAAAAAAAGCAUGUUGGGCUUCAGUUUGAUGCGACUACCUUUAUAUUGCACAAUUUUAACGGUGCCCACUCGUUUUGUAUUUGUUCUUUUUUUUUCUUAUGUUGAUUUGAAUUAAUACCUCGUUAAAAGUGUAUUAGUUGGCCUGGUCCCUGUGCUUGUUUGUGUAUGGAUGUUUCUAGCUGUGUGUGUGUCCUGGUUUUGUAGCUAUAUUUGUUGUCUAUCUCAGAGUCACCUGAGCGUAUAGUUUGUAAAAUGUAUUAAUUUUUAUUGUUGUUUCUCCCUUCCUGCUUAGAACUAUGACUGAUGACCAUGAGUUUGAAUCUAACAUUGGAGCUAUAGAACACAGGCUGGUCGCAUUUUGAAGUAGGUGCAUAAACCUCAGAAACCUCCUUGAAAAUGCUCAAACAGUAGGUCCUAAAUUAUAUUAUAGAAGCUAUAUUACAUGACACGAUUGACUACCUAUGUCUUUCAACUACCUACAAUAACCUUUUGUCUCCGAUGGCGGAUUACAGUAGAUUUGCUUGCAUUAGAUGCUAUGAAUUUCAGGGAGUAACAUUACAUAUUGUUUGUUAGUGAGAGAAAAUUAAAUAAAAAAAACACUGUAGGCUACUUAUUGAAUACCUCACGGUCUGCUGACCGUCUGACUUUUGGUUCACAAAUGUAAUUUGUACUUUAUUUAUUAAAUAAAACAAAUUAUAUCUGCGAAUGCAUGCACGUCAUACUCUUAUUUCAUUCUGGCCUCACAUCGAAAUUAAUUAUGUUUUGUAUGUCUCAUUUCACGAAUUUUU